UUUCUGAUCAACACCUGGAAUUUUGCUACUCUCCUUCUUGGCAAAUAGGGGGACAUUAUUGAUGUCAUUUAAACAUUUUGGGAUUUUGAAAUCCCACUAGAAAAGGAUUAAUAAGUGGCCAUUUGAAACCUUCAAGUAACUAAAUCUCUCUCUCUCUCUCUCUCUCUCUCUCUCUCUCUCUCUCUCUCUCUCUCUCUCUCUCCACUUAGUUUUCUAAAUUGCUAUGCACCAUGGCCCAGCUGUACUACAAGAAGGACAACUACUCAACAUACAGAGACCGCAUCCCCCUCCAAAUCGUGAGGGCUGAGACUGAGCUGUCUGCUGAGGAGAAAGCUUUCCUUAGUGCUGUGGAGAAGGGGGACUAUGCCACCGUGAAGCAGGCACUGCAGGAGGCCGAGAUCUACUACAAUGUCAACAUCAACUGCAUGGAUCCUUUGGGCAGGAGCGCCCUACUCAUCGCCAUUGAGAAUGAGAACUUAGAGAUCAUGGAGCUACUGCUGAACCACAGUGUGUAUGUGGGUGAUGCAUUACUCUAUGCCAUCCGCAAGGAGGUGGUAGGAGCUGUGGAACUUCUGCUUAGCUACAGGAAGCCAAGUGGAGAGAAGCAGGUUCCCACUCUGAUGAUGGACACCCAGUUCUCUGAGUUCACACCAGACAUCACACCCAUCAUGUUGGCAGCCCACACCAACAACUAUGAAAUCAUCAAAUUGCUUGUCCAAAAGCGUGUCACUAUCCCACGGCCCCACCAAAUCCGCUGCAACUGUGUGGAGUGUGUAUCCAGUUCAGAAGUCGACAGCCUACGUCAUUCAAGGUCCCGACUGAACAUAUACAAGGCACUGGCAAGCCCUUCGCUCAUCGCCUUAUCAAGUGAGGACCCUAUCCUCACAGCAUUCCGGCUGGGCUGGGAACUCAAGGAGCUGAGCAAGGUGGAAAAUGAGUUCAAGGCUGAGUAUGAGGAGCUCUCCCAACAGUGUAAGCUCUUUGCCAAGGACCUGCUGGAUCAAGCUCGGAGCUCCCGAGAACUGGAGAUCAUUCUCAACCAUCGAGAUGACCACAGCGAAGAACUUGACCCACAGAAGUACCAUGACCUAGCCAAGCUGAAGGUGGCAAUCAAAUAUCACCAGAAAGAGUUUGUCGCUCAGCCAAACUGUCAACAAUUGCUGGCCACCUUGUGGUACGAUGGCUUCCCUGGAUGGCGAAGAAAACACUGGGUAGUCAAGCUUCUAACCUGCAUGACCAUUGGAUUCCUGUUUCCUAUGCUGUCCAUAGCCUAUCUGAUCUCACCCAGAAGCAACCUUGGGCUUUUCAUCAAGAAACCCUUUAUCAAGUUCAUCUGCCACACAGCAUCCUAUCUGACCUUCCUCUUCAUGCUUCUCCUGGCUUCUCAGCAUAUUGUCAGAACAGACCUCCAUGUUCAAGGACCUCCCCCAACUGUCGUGGAAUGGAUGAUACUGCCUUGGGUUCUAGGUUUCAUCUGGGGGGAGAUAAAGGAAAUGUGGGAUGGUGGAUUCACUGAAUACAUCCAUGAUUGGUGGAAUUUGAUGGAUUUUGCAAUGAACUCCCUCUACCUGGCAACUAUUUCCUUGAAGAUUGUGGCCUAUGUCAAGUAUAAUGGUUCUCGUCCAAGGGAAGAAUGGGAAAUGUGGCACCCGACUCUGAUUGCAGAAGCACUCUUCGCGAUAUCGAACAUUUUAAGUUCCUUGCGUCUCAUAUCCUUGUUCACAGCCAACUCCCAUUUAGGGCCUCUGCAGAUCUCCUUGGGACGCAUGCUGCUUGAUAUACUCAAAUUUCUCUUUAUCUACUGCCUAGUACUACUGGCUUUUGCCAACGGACUGAACCAGCUUUAUUUUUACUAUGAGACCAGAGCUAUUGAUGAACCUAACAACUGCAAGGGGAUCCGGUGUGAAAAACAGAACAACGCCUUCUCCACGCUCUUUGAAACCCUUCAGUCACUCUUCUGGUCUGUCUUUGGCCUUUUAAAUCUCUAUGUUACCAAUGUGAAGGCCCGGCAUGAAUUCACCGAGUUUGUGGGAGCUACUAUGUUUGGGACAUACAACGUCAUCUCCCUGGUAGUGCUACUGAACAUGCUCAUUGCCAUGAUGAACAACUCCUACCAGCUCAUUGCCGACCAUGCUGAUAUUGAGUGGAAGUUUGCGAGAACGAAGCUCUGGAUGAGUUACUUUGAUGAAGGUGGCACCUUACCACCUCCUUUCAACAUCAUCCCCAGCCCCAAAUCAUUUCUCUAUCUUGGCAACUGGUUCAACAACACCUUCUGUCCCAAGAGAGACCCCGAUGGGAGACGAAGGAGGCACAACUUGAGAAGCUUCACAGAACGUCAUGCUGACAGCCUGAUCCAAAAUCAACAUUAUCAGGAAGUUAUCAGAAAUCUAGUCAAGAGAUAUGUGGCUGCCAUGAUAAGAAACUCGAAAACAAAUGAGGGGCUAACAGAAGAAAAUUUUAAGGUAAUUUAAUCUUGAAGUGGGUAAAUCUCUUAAUAUCUAUCUAUCUGUCUUCCUCCCACCCAACAGGUCUUUUCCCCUGUCCACAGAGCUGCAUUCAAGCCCAAUUUCUCAUUUCCUUGGUAUAAUUUAAUCUUUAU